UGCUGUUUUCUUGGUUUGAAUGUUUCUUUGAGAAGGACUUCCUGGAGACGAAUAUGACUGCACAACUUAGACGAAUGUUUCUAAGUUGGAUGCUUUCUUUCGUGUUGGUUACUGGUUGAUGUAAAAUGGGUAUUCUGUUUUAUGCAAAAUUAGAAACAGAACAGAAAUACUUGUGAGCUCUUCAGCCCCAGAAUCUGAAACCUUUGGUUUAUCUCACUAAUGGGUUCAGCCAUUUGGUCACUUUUGCUAGUUGUUUUUAUUCAAAUCUAUAUCGUAGCACCUACAACUGAUUUUGGUGAUUCUACUGCUCUAAAAUCUCUCGCCGCUGAGUGGGAAAAUGUACCUCCCAGUUGGGUGGGUGGGGACCCUUGUGGUGAUGGCUGGGUUGGAAUUAGUUGCACUGAUUCACGUGUGACCUCAAUAAUAUUGCCAAGCAUGAACUUAGUAGGACGGCUGUCAGGAGACAUUUCGACCUUAUCUGAAUUACAGCAAGUGGAUCUAUCCUACAACCAAGGUCUCACAGGAUCUCUUCCAGCAUCGAUUGGGAAUUUAAAGAAUCUAACAAACUUAAUCUUGGUUGGUUGUGGUUUCAAUGGUCCAAUUCCCGAUUCAAUAGGAUCUCUUUCGCAGCUGAGGUUCCUAUCCCUAAAUUCUAAUGGCUUCACUGGACGUAUUCCACCGUCCAUUGGUAAACUAUCAAAUCUUGUUUGGUUAGAUCUGGCCGACAACCAGCUAGAAGGACCAAUUCCAGUUUCAAAUGUAUCUACACCAGGGCUUGACAUGUUGAUUCAUACCCAACACUUCCAUUUCGGAAAGAAUAAACUCUCUGGCCAAAUUCCAUUUCAACUUUUCAGCUCAGAUAUGACUCUUAUACAUUUGCUAUUUGAAAGCAACGAACUUACUGGAAGUCUUCCUUCCACCCUUGGACUUGUGCAAACUCUGGAAGUGGUACGCUUUGACAACAAUUCACUAAAUGGGCAUCUUCCUUUGAAUCUCAACAACCUUUCAAGAGUUCAAUAUUUGUUUUUGUCCAACAAUAAACUGACCGCCCCUCUGCCUGACCUUACCGGCAUGAACAGUUUGAACACCUUAUACUUGGGUAAUAAUAGUUUUGAUUUAGCAGAUGUUCCUUCAUGGUUUCCAGCCCUGCGAGCCUUAACAACAUUAAGGAUGGAACAUACACAACUUCGAGGUCAAGUUCCUGCCUCAAUCUUUGAGCUUCCAAAUUUGCAGACUGUGGUACUAAAAGGCAACCAACUUAAUGGUACCUUGGAGAUUGGGCCAAGCUUUAGCAACCAGCUGAAAACCAUAGAUUUGCAGUACAAUUCCAUUACUGGUUUCGAUGACGGAGGCAGAUCAUACAAAUUUGACAUAAUACUUGUGGAUAAUCCAGUAUGUACGGCCACAGAAACAAGAAGCACUUACUGCAAACUUCCCCCAUCAAAUUCUGGGCCUUUGUAUUCAACCCCCCCUUCAAAGAACUGUCUGCCUGUUUCAUGCAGUUCAGAUCAAAUUUCGAGCCCCACAUGCAAAUGUGCACAUCCAUAUACAGGAACACUACUCUUCGGAGGCAUUUCCUUCUCAGACUUUAGAACCUCAACUCCAUAUGAAAUUCUAGAGCGGCAAUUGAUGCAGUUCUUCCAGUCCCAUCAACUUCCAGUGGAUUCUGUUUCACUAAGUGAUCCAAGAAUGGAUUUAUUUGAAUAUCAUCUAUUGGACCUUGCUGUAUUUCCGUAUGGCCAAAGCAGUUUCAAUAGAACCGGAAUUUUUAUGAUUGCAUUUGUACUUAGCAACCCGACUUUCAGGGCUCCUAGAGAGCUCUUUGGACCUUAUACUUUUAUUGGUGACAAUUAUGAGCACUUUUCUGACGAACCUGCCAACUCAAAAAAAUCUAGCAUUGCCAUCAAAAUAGGAGCAGCAGCUGGUGCUUCAUUGCUGCUUUUACUAUUAGUGCUCGCUGGGACUUAUGCUUAUCGUCAGAAGAAGAGAGCAGAAAGAGCAACCAAAGAGAGCAAUCCUUUUGCACACUGGGAUUCUAAGAAGAGCAGUGGUAGCAUACCUCAGUUAAAAGGAGCAAGGUGCUUCUCUUUUGAAGAGCUUAAGAAAUACACAAACAAUUUUUCAGAAGCCAAUGAUAUUGGAUCGGGGGGUUAUGGAAAGGUUAAUUUUGACUCUCAUUCUCUCUCUCUAUUGCAUGUGCGUGCGUAAGUGUGCUCACCAAAAACAUGCAUCCUUUUGGCACGUUGGCCACAUAGAGGUGGUCUCAUUUGCACAACUCCAUGUCUUGUUGCUGGUUUGAACUAAUGCCUGACUGUAGCAAGACACUAAGGUCGCGUUUGGUAUAAGGGAUGUAAAGUCACAUUUUCUGUAAUGUGUCCAAUUAGAUUACAUUGCAGUGUUUGUUUUGUAACAGACCACUGUAACGUAAGAUUGCAAUGCAAUCACAUUCUAGCCAAUGGAUGUAAUGUGAUUGCAGUUCAAAACCAAUCACAUUAUAUUGCACUCUGUAAUGUCUUUAAGGACAUUUUUACCUAUUAUCUUUUAAGAAAAUUACUCACAAUUAGAAGCAAAG